UUCAUUUGGCUUGUCUCGAUUCAACAACUGGUUACAAAAUCUUUUAGGAAAAAAAUUGAAAAAUUUCCAUGCUGAGAGGAGAAGAAAACGGCUUGAAGAACAGAGGUAAGACCGAUUCGCGAUGCAGGCCCACCAUGCGAUGCCCGAUUUCCGGUGCAGGAACAACUGCCAGCACAAGGAGUGCCAACGACAUGCUCCUUUGGGCAUAAUCGAUCAGCACACGCAGUGCAAGUGUCUGGGCGAGGUGAAUGCCUCCUCGAUAUUCCUGGAGAACGUCCUCGAUUUGGCCAACACUUUGGCCCAGGUGAUGAUCAUCUGCGGACUGCACGAGUGCAAGGCCAAGUCAACGGUGGACAUCAUCACCUAUGCCUUUCUGCACUACGAUCAGGUGUGCUAUUGUAUAGACACGACUCCUAAGAAACGUUUACGGAAAGAGGAUUUGUUCCACGAACUGGGCAAAAAGUCGCUAAUGAACAAGGUUGAGGCCCAUCUGGCCUACUCGAUUAUUAAGAGGGGUUUUAAGGCCUUCUACUAUGAGCCCAAACAGGAGUUGACCUACGACGAUCAGGGACGACCCUCCUACAACGACGAAUGUGUUUGGGUUCAUGCCGCCCGAAAGUCGGCCGAAUCCUAUGCCCGAUUUGACGGGCUCUCCUGUGCCGAGCAAUUGGCUUACGAGGCCAAGAUCAAGAUAGCCUUCAAAAAGUUCUACGAUCGAAUGCAGACGCGCAAGAGGCAGCCGGAGGGCGACGAUUGCAAUUGCUGUUUCUGCGCCAAGAAGCGCGGGCAUUUGGUCUACGCCAAGGAGCCGGCUCCCUGCUCCUCGGCGAGCAAAAAGAAGCCGAAGCACGUGUGUCCUUACUGCUGCAAGAAGAAACAGAAACAGCAGUACACCCACCCAGCCCGUCAGCCGGCCAAGUGCCCCAAGUGCCACAAGUCACGGAAGUUCUGUUGCUGCACCAAAAUGGACUUCAAUCUGCAGUGGGUCAAGAGCAUCUGGGAGCGACCCGAUUUCAAUCAGUACUACAAGAACGAGAUCGCCGAGAUCGAGGACCGGCUGGUCAAGGGCACCUGCUGGCUGCCCCCGGAGCCUGAGGAGAAGAUGGUCGACGAUGGGGAGGGCGAGGAGGAGGAGGAGGAGGGAGCCGGAAUGCCACCCGAUACUCUUCUGGCUCUGGGCGGCAAAACGGUGCCCACUAACCAGGAUGAGGGCAACACAACUGUUGGUGGGUCGCCAACUAAGCAGGGAUCAGUCAUCGAGGCCGAUGCCGAACCUUAACUAUGAAAGUUCCUGCGAAUCUGGUCCAAAUA